UGCCAGUUUACUCAUAGUAACGCAGCAUUUCAAAGUAGACUGAACAGUUAGUACAAGAACGAUUUUAGUGUAGCUCGUGCGUGCUGUUUCGUACAAUUGUACUUUAUUGAAUGAAAAAUUCAACAUAAUUUCAUGCAAUAAUUUGUGCUGAAUCAUCAGUUUUGAAACAACGCCAGAGAUGAACCAGCAAGAGAAUCAUUCAAAUUAUGAAAGGGAAGGGAACGAUAUUACGGCAGCUGACAUGGUUGUUCCGGAACAAGACAGCGAUCUAUUGAAUUUCUAUGAAAAUUCUACAAUAUUCAUUACAGGUGCUACUGGAUUUUUAGGAAAAUUAUGCAUGGAAAAAUUAUUACGAACCUGUUCGGUUAGAAAAAUUUACAUCCUUGUCAGGUCAAAGAAAGGCAAGGAUAUUGAGAAACGAUUUGAAGAACUCUUUGACGAACCGAGUUUUGAUCCACUGAAAAGAUUGAAGCCGGAUUUCAGAAGUAAAGUGGAAUUCAUCAAAGGAGACGCUUGUCUACCAGAUCUAGGAAUCAGUAUAGAGGAUCAAGAAAAAAUUAUUUCGGAGGUUGACUGCAUUUUUCAUUAUGCAGCCACAGUAAGAUUUGAUGAAAAACUCAGAACAGCCACUUAUAUCAACGUGAGAGCUUUAAGAGAUUUAUUGAGAAUAGCAAAACACGUUAAAAAAUUGAGGGCAUUCGUACACGUGUCAACAGCAUUUUCGAAUUGUAUCAAUAAUCAUAUAGAUGAAACAUUUUACACGCCUCCUAUUACUGGUGAUAAACUUAUACGUUUGGUAGAAUGCUUAGAUGAUAAUCAACUAAAUUCAAUAACACCAGGACUAUUAGGAGAGUAUCCAAACACAUAUGCUUUCACCAAAUCCACAGCAGAGGAACUAUUGAGGAGUGAAGGAAACAAUUUGCCUGUAGUUUUGUUCAGACCAUCAAUAGUAACAGCAACAUACAAAGAACCGAUAAGUGGUUGGAUUGAUAACGUAUAUGGUGCUACUGGUGUAUUGCUUGGUGUGGCGAUUGGACUUUUGAGAGUAUUGAGAGGAGAUGCAAAUAACUAUGCUGAUAUGGUUCCUGCAGACUAUGUAGUUAACUGCAGUUUAGCCACAGCUUGGGAAGUUGCCACCCUCAAGAGUUUGAACAACAACGAUGAGCAUAGUGGGCAGGCCAAAUUGGAAAUUCCUGUUUUCAACUAUGUUUCAACUCCGGAAAAACCGCUGACUUGGAAUGAAUUCCGGUUUUACUCAAGAAAACAUUGUUUGAGAAUUCCUUCAGAGAAAUGUAUAUGGUUUGGAUAUCUUUUUCUGAUAACAAAUAUGUAUCUAUGCCUUGUUAUGCAAAUGUUACUGCAUACUAUUCCUGCAUAUUUAGUUGAUUUCAUUGCUGUUUGUUUGAGAAAGGAACCAAAGUUAGUCAAAGGUUAUGAGAAAAUUCACAAGUUCAGUAAAGUGAUUGAAUAUUUCACCUUGGGAAAUUGGAAAUUUGAAAAUGGCAACACCCAAGCGCUAUGGAAGAAACUCAAAAUACAGGAUAAACAAUUAUUCGACUUCAGUAUGAAAAAUUUGACUUGGGAUUCAUAUUUCUAUGUUUAUACUAGAGGAAGUAGAGUAUAUAUUGUCAAAGAUCCCCUGGAUACUAUACCACAAGGAAGAAAGUGGUACCGAAAAUUAUGGAUUAUGCAUUAUACAAGUGUGGCGAUUGUCGCCCUUUUGUCGUUGAAACUUGUGAUGUUCAUAUUUUCAAAUUUAGGUAUAUUGAGUAUUCUUUAUUGAAUUAGGAAUGAGAGGGGUACUCGAUAAGUUCAUGUAGAAUACAGGUUUGAUGAAAAUUACAUACUUCUACUUUCAUUUUCUCAUACUCUGGUAUGAUAAAAUGAAAUAGUUAUUUACUCUAAGUGGAAAUUGAAAAACUAUUGGAAAGGGACACGUCAAUACGUUUUCGAACGGUGUCUUUAUGAAAAAGUUCUCUCAGGCGGAUUCAUACUAACUAAAUUCUACCCAAUUAGGCAAGUUUGAAAAACUAAUCAUCUGUUAAUUAAAUUCGCCACUGAAAUGGAGGUAAAUAUUUCAAUAAAUUCUCUAAACACUGUCAUACA